CUUUACCACUUAUAUGGAGCGGAGUCUUCUUGGUGGGCGAAAUAACCCAAGGGUUGGUAGUUUGAUUUUUGGCACAGCGCCGCAAUGAAGAUCAUCACCCUGCUCCUGAUCGCCUCUUUAUCCAGCUCUCAUCAGCUCUCCCUGCCAAGCGAUCCCACCUACAAAGCUGGAGUUGUAGAGCAUCCCGAGGUAGAUGGCAACAAUGCCAGGGAAAAGACCACUUUGGCUUGGUCGUCCUUUCAGCAGAUCCUACGCGACGUUGAGGACCUGGACAUUCUCGUGUUCCCCGAGCACAUCAUCAACAGUCGCUCCUCCGCCACCUUUGUGCCCCACGAGUCGCAGAAAGUGACGCCCUGCUACGAGGCAGACUACGAGAUCUUCCUCAUUGAGGCAUCCUGCUCUGCUCGUUCCCGCAACAUGUACGUGGUGCUGAAUCUAGUGGAGAAGGAGCUGUGCGCGAAUGGAGCCGGGUCGGAGACCCUCGGACCUUGUCCCGAGACGGGAGUGCAGUAUUUCAACACCAACGUGGUCUUCGAUCGAACGGGUAUGGUGAUCUCACGUUACCGGAAGUCUCACUUGUGGCGCCAUGAAUACUACUCGACAUCCGUUCUCCGGACGCCGGAUGUGGCCACCUUUACGACAGAUUUUGGGGUGACCUUCGGCCACUUUAUCUGCUUCGACAUGUUGUUCUAUGAGCCGGCCAUGACCCUGGUCCGAGAACGCGAUGUCACGGAUAUUAUUUAUCCCACCUACUGGUUCUCGGAGCUCCCAUUCCUCGGCGCCAUUCAGCUACAGGAGGGUUGGGCGUUCGCCAAUGAUGUCAAUCUCCUGGCAGCGGAUGGUAGCAAUCCCUCUGGCCGUACUACAGGAUCUGGGAUUUAUGCUGGCCGUGCGGGACGUCUAACGGCGCAGAUCUACGAGGUGCCCACCACAGUGGUGCUGGUAGCCGAUGUGCCCAAGAGGAAUACGCAGAUGACCAUGCCACCCGUAACUCUAUUUACGCCGCAGUUGAAGACCCCCCGUCAUACGGGCGUAGCGACCCACAGGGACUACAAUGUGGACAUCUUUAAUACCGAACUUCUUGCUGCGGACUUCGUCACGGUGGACAAGCAGUUGUGUCACGGCUCUUUCUGUUGCAAAUUUGCCAUUGAAAGGGCUGCUACGCCGUUGGGUAGCUAUGUGCCCGGCACCGCCGAUGUGUCCUAUCGCUAUAGGAUUGGCGUCUACUAUGGCAACGAGACCACGGUGAUCCGAGUGGAUCGUUCGGAGCAGGCCACCUGUGCACUGUUUGCCUGCACAGACGAUCAGCUCCAUAACUGUGGCUACAUCUUCCCGGGGACAGUAGAAGUGGUCAAUGAUUACUACUUUACUAAGCUCAACAUUGGCGGCCUCUUUCCGGCAGCUCCUCGUGGCCGUCGCCUGAUCAUGCCCAGCUCUCUGACUGGCAAUUUCCUGCCCGUGUCCACCUCGGAGUUUGAUUGGACCGAGAGUAUCCUGGCCUCGAACUUUUCGGAUCAACCUGUGCAGGUGGACAUGCAGCUAAAGCAAUCACAGAACGACCUGCUGACCUUUGCCAUUUGGGCGAACUACUUUACCGAUCUGCCAAGCAAACAUAACUUGGAUCACAUGCAGCCCCAGGAACCUAACACUACCGAUGCAGCACCGAGGAUGGCCUUAAGUCUUCUGCUCCUGCUCUUGGGUUGUUUGCUUCUGAAGUUCUAGGAUAGCAUCCUCAGCAUCCUUUUUUUCUUUUUUUUUUUUAGAAAAUGUUAAGCUCUGACAAGAAGUUUAACCUUUCAACCUCAUAAUUUACUAACUCUAUAAAGUUAUAAAACAAACUUCA